AUGGAUGGAGAGUUUGAAGCAGUUGUUGGAGAAUUUGGGUUGGCUAAACUGAUGGAUUACAAAGAUACUCAUGUCACUACUUCUAUACAUGGCACAAUUGGGCAUAUAGCACCAGAGUACCUUUCAAGUGGAAAGUCUUUAGAGAAGGAAAGAGGCCAAAUAAGGAAAGAAAAUUCUAAUAAACGUGGGGCGUCAUAUACGAAGGCGGGAGUGUCUCUGUGUGCUGAGGCAGGCAGAGGUUUGAUUAUGGAGGAAAUGGCAAGGAUUUGGGAGCGAUUGAAGUUGAGUGAGGAGGAGAACACGCCGGUGGGAGUGCAGUGUAUUUCUAUGGAGAAAGCUCGAGAUAAGGAAGAGAGGAGUGUAGUGGGGAAGAUAUGCUCUGAAAGGAAGAUAGGGAGGGAGGUGGUUAGAUCUACAAUGGAGAAAAUAUCGAGGGUGGAGAGACAUAUGGAAUUUCAGGAAAUUGGGAAUAACAGUUUCAUUAUUACAUUUGCAUCGAAGAAGGAUAAGGUGAAAGUUAUGGGAGGCUGUCCCUGGUUGUUUGACAACUAUUUGUUUGUGUUAAAAGACUACGAUGGUGAUACACAACCACAUCUAAUAAGCUUCGAUAAGGUUAGCUUCUGGAUUCAUAUGCUUAAUUUGCCAUUAAGUUGCAUGACAAUUGAGAUGGGGAAGCAGAUAGGUGAUUCUGUAGGGUUGGUUAGAGAGAUUGAUGUUCAGGAGGAUGGUGUAGCUUGGGGUAGAGUGUUGAGGGGGGGCUGUGGGGAAGAACAGAAGGGAAGGCAAGGGUCAAAGGGAGGGGACUUGCAAUAUGGUGUCUGGAUGAGAGCUAUUCCAGGGAAUCGUAGAUGGAUGGAUGGGAAGAGAAAGUCUAUGUCUACUGAAUCUGGAAGUGAUGAUACUCAUGGAUCAUUCACAGGUUCAAAAGAUGUGGGGGUCUCUAUGGAUGGACAGGAGAGGGAGAAGGAGGAUGAAGGGAGUAAUGUGGAAGGAAAAGGGGUGGAAGGGAGUGUGGGCGGAAGUGGGGAAAAUAAUAUAAUAAUUCAUGAGGUAGUGAAAGAGGUUGAGAGAGUGGUGGGGAAGUCUAGUCAGAAUGAGGAGCAGGACAGUCAGUUGAUCCUAGUUAACUUAGCUGUGCAAGGUGAAGAUGAAGCAAUAAGGGAGGAGAUGGUGGUGGAGACAGUUCAAGGAAGUCAGGAGAAUAUGCAUGAAGGAAAGAAGGCUAGUUGGAAGAGAAGGGCAAGAGGUAGGCCACCCUCAGGAAAGGUUGGGGGCGGUGGCUGCUCUAGCAUUAUGAAAAUUAUCAGCUGGAACUGCCGAGGGAUUGGCAACCCUCGGACAGUUCAAGACCUUUGUCUGUUGACAAGGGAGAAUAAGGCCAACAUGGUUUUUUUGAUUGAAACCAUGAGUAAAGCAAGUAAACUAGAAAGAUUGAAAAGAAGACUUGGUAUGGAAGGUUGUUUUGUUGUAGAGUCGGUGGGGAAGAAAGGGGGAUUGGCUUUGUAUUGGAGAAACAGUGAGGAAGUGGAAAUUAAAAGCUAUUCUACUUGGCAUAUCAAUGCUGAGGUUAAUGAGGAGGGACAAGGUAUAAAGUGGUUAUUCACUGGGUUCUAUUGCCAUCCUGAGACAGGGAAGAGGAUGUUUUCUUGGGAUCUACUGAGGAGGUUAAAGCCUAGGGAGCAGGAACCAUGGUGUGUGGUAGGAGAUUUUAAUGAGAUUCUUAUUCAAACUGAAAAGGUGGGAGGUCGACAAAGAGCUGAACUUCAAAUGAAUCAAUUUAGAGGAGCUUUAGAGGACACUAUGUUGUAUGACUUGGGAUGCAGAAAUGGUUUUUAUACAUGGAGUAACAGGCAUAAUGACCACUCUUUUACAAAGGAGAGGUUAGAUAGAUGUGUGGCAAACAAUAAAUGGAGGGACAUGUUCAGAAGUGCUAGUGUACAGGGCUUGUCAGCUAGGAGCUCAGACCAUCUACCUUUGUUGGUUUUAACAAGAGGAAAUGAGGUGAGACAGAGAAGGGGGCAGUUUCCUUUUAGAUUUGAGGCAAGCUGGGUGAAAGAAGAAGAUUGUGAAGAGAAAAUAAAACAAGAAUGGGUCAGGGGACAGCAGUCAACUGAUUUUGUCAAGAAAGUGCAGACAAGGUUGAAAUUCUGUAGUGGAAUGCUAGUGAGAAGUUUCAAAAGAAAAGAUAAAGAGAGAACAAGUGAAAUAGACCAGAUUACAAGCAAAAUAAAAGAAGUUCAAGAAGAUCUGGGGCAUUAUAACAUAGAAGAGUUGAAGAGCCUGCAGAAGCAAGUAGGAGGUUUGUUGGAGCAGGAGGAUAUCAAGUGGAGGUAG